UUCAGAAUUAUUUAAUCUUAAACGUUUAGUAUACCGUAGAGGCAUAGACACAAACAAAUAAAUAAACAAACAAAAACAAGCCUCUACUUUCGCUUCUGCAACACAGCACCAAUACUCCUUGCUUUCUCCGUUUGAUCCAUCUCCGCAAUGUCCUCACUCCGAUGACAAAUUCUCCGACCACCGGCGACAAAACCGACGACAAACCCACCUCGGCGAUGAGGGUCAUAGUCCCUCUGCAAGGCGUAGUUCAAGGCCGCGGUGGUCUUGUUCUCGGCUCUCUCAUUCCCUGUGCUCUUUUCUACUGUUUUCAGCUUUACCAGCGCCACCGCUCUCGCCGCCGCCAGUCUCCGCCGCCGGAGAACGGGGAGGUGGGGGUUGGGCUUAUUAGAGUUCAGUCUCGCUCGCUAUUGACGCCGAGAGGGGGGCCUGCUCAUGUGGGGGCUAGGGCUAAUUGGGUGUCUGAGCAAGAUGAGGGGCCGUUUUUUGUGGGGUUGAGGAGGGUUUUUGAUGACCCUUUUCAUCGAUUGGAGAACCCAGAUGGUGUUUUUCAGCUGGGGUUGCCUCAUAACAGAUUAACAUUGGAUUUAGUCCAAGACUGGCUGGCGAAAAAUGGAGGUUUACUUUUUGGAGGGGAUAUACUUGGGAGUGCUACUUACCAACCAUUUGAUGGGCUAGCGGAACUUAAAGUGGCUGUGGCAGGAUUCAUGUCCCAGGUCAUGGGUAGAUCAGUGUCAUUUGACCCAUCACAAAUAAUAUUGACAGCUGGUACUACCUCUGCAAUAGAGAUUCUUAGUUUCUGCUUGGCUGACUCGGGAAAUGCAUUUCUAGUUCCCUCACCUUACUACCCGGAACUUGACAUGGAUGUCAAAUGGCGUACAGGGGUGGAGAUUAUACCUGUUCCUUGUCGCAGUGCAGACGGCUUUAAUUUGAGUAUGACAACUCUUGAUCGAGCAUUUAGCCAAGCAAAGAAACGUGGUUUCAAAGUUCGUGGAGUUAUAAUUUCUAACCCGUCAAAUCCAGUUGGCAGUGUGCUUAAUAGGGAACAACUUUAUGACCUCUUGGACUUUGCCAAAGAAAAGAACCUUCAUAUCAUUUCUAUUGAAAUGUUAGCAGGAUCCACUCAUGGAAAUGAUGAGUUUGUCAGCAUGGCAGAAAUAAUCGAAUCAGAAUAUUUUGACCAAAACAGAGUACAUAUAGUUUAUGGUCUUUCAGAGGACCUCUCCCUUCCUGGUUUCCAAGUUGGGGUUCUAUAUUCCUACAAUGAGAAAGUCCUUGCCGCUUCCAGAAAACUAGCAAGAUUCUCAUCUAUUUCAGCUCCUACUCAGCGACUGCUUGUUUCAAUGCUCUCAGAUACAAGAUUUAUUCAGGACUUUAUCAAGUUAAACAGAGAAAGACUUCAAAUGAUGUAUUACAACUUUGUGACCAGUUUGAAGCAGUUGGGUAUAGAGUGCAUAAAAAGUAGCGGAGGCUUCUUUUGUUGGGCUGACCUCAGCAGGUUUCUUCGCUCAUAUAACGAAAAGGGGGAACUUGAACUUUGGUUGAAGUUGCUAGACGUAUCAAAAAUUAAUGUAAUUCCUGGGUCCUCCUGUCAUUGUAUAGAACCAGGAUGGUUCCUUUUUUGUUUUGCUACACUGAGUGAAGAAGACAUUCCUUUAGUUAUGGACCGCAUUCGGAGAGUUUCAGAAUCCUUUAAAUCCAACAGUUAAUAUGCAGCAGGUAAUUUCCUUGUCAAAAUGUAAUUGUUCAAGUACGUACCGAGAAAUACUGGACGGGUGGCCUCUUUCGAGGACUUUGGAUGUGGCUCCUGGCUUUCAAGUUCAAGACGACUUUGGUUUCAGCCUGUCUUAAAUAGCAAAGUGCUGUCAGUGAAUUCGCUUUUAGAUGCUUAUGAUUUUAAAGCAUGAUGCUCUGUGUUGCUGCUAAAUAUUUUACCUGAAAAAAAGGUUUCAGUUAAAAGUCAAGCUCAAUGGCGAGAUAAGGUAACCACAAUGACCCUCGAGGUAGAGUUAUCAAUAGCGCUUGCUGUGCCUUUUGACAGUAUUUUUUGUUGUGCAUCCCUCCUUUAUUCAGCGCAGUUCAUUACCUGAUCUGUUCCACCCAGCUCAAGUUAAGAAGAUUGUAUAGGCAUCUAUCGUUGAAGCAGGCAUGAUAUUUAGUUAUUUAGUAGUGUAUUUUAUAUUCGUUACUUGGUGAAUUAGUAAAAGGUGCUAUGAUGCAGCUACUUCUACACCAGGGAUUAUGGGAUUAUGACUGAUUCUUUUUUUGUUCUUGUAUAAAUCUUUCACUAUUUUUUGCCA